AUUUUCACCUCUUACGCAUUUCUUACGUGUGAGCCACACACCAUGUCAUCCUCCUCCUUCAGUCUUCCCGAUGACGACUCCGUCCCCACCGCCGGGUCAACCCGCCCCUUCGACGACGAUGACUACCUCCGCUACGAGCACGACUCCGUCGUAGUAGAUGACGUGUUCGCGACUGAGACAGAGGCUCCAUCUCCGCCGUCGAUCUUCGCUGCCGGAUUGGACGAUCCGAUUCUUCCGCCUCCGUCCGAGAUGCUGCCGGAGGAGGGCUCCGCUCUCAGAGAAUGGAGGAGGCAGAAUGCAAUUCAGCUUGCGGAGAAGGAGAAGAGAGAAAAGGAGUUAUUGAGCCAAAUCAUCGAGGAAGCUGAAGAUUUCAAGGUUGAAUUCUACCUGAAGAGGAAGAUCACUUCUGAGAAUAACAAAGCUGCUAACAGGGAAAAAGAGAAGAUGUUUGUUGCCAGUCAAGAGAAGUUUCAUGCUGAGGUAGACAAGAACUACUGGAAGGCAGUUGCAGAUCUCAUUCCCAAUGAGGUGCCAGCAAUAGAGAAGAGAGGGAAGAAGGAUCAAGAAAAGAAGCCUUCCAUUGUUGUUGUGCAAGGUCCAAAACCUGGUAAGCCAACUGAGCUCUCGAGGAUGAGGCAGAUACUUCUAAAAUUGAAGCAUAAUACGCCUCCUCACCUAAAGCCUUCGCCACCAGCACUAGCCAUUGCCCCUGAGGCUAUAGCUGCUGCCUGAUAAUUGUGAUUGGUGUUCUCUGUCAACUUUCAAGUCAAUAUAUCUUCGCAGUAACGAAGCACUUUGAUCAAUAUUGUGAAGUUUUUCUUGUUUUAGUUAAACUGGAACAUCAUCUAACGGGCACAUUCAGGAAACCUGUUAGUUUUGUGUUUCACAUGUACAGUGGGUUUGAAAGAAUGGGGUGCACUUGGUUUGAUCA